AUGAAUCCUGAUCAAAUCCCGAAAGAUGAGCAAGUUCUGGUUUGCAAGUACGUGAUGGAUCCAUUAUGCAUCGAUGGUCACAAAUGCGAUCUACGUGUUUAUGUACUCGUGACUUUAUUUGACCCGUUACUAAUUUAUAUCUAUGAAGAAGGAUUGGUUCGAUUAGCUACGGUGAAAUAUGAUCGCAGAGCUGAAAAUCUGUGGAACCCCUGUAUGCAUCUUUGUAACUACAGUAUCAAUAAGUACCAUUCGGACUAUAUAAAAUCACUAGAUGCUGAAGCGGAGGAUGUUGGCAAUAAGUGGACACUUUCCGCUCUACUGCGGCACCUUAAGUCACAAGGUUGUAAUACCCAUCAGCUUAUGUCAAGCAUUGAAGAUUUGAUUGUAAAAUCUAUAUUUGCCUGUGCACAAACUGUUAUCUCAGCUUGUCGUAUGUUUGUUCCUAGUGGAAACAAUUGCUUUGAGUUAUACGGAUUCGAUAUUUUAAUUGAUGAUAGCCUCAAGCCUUGGCUUUUGGAGGUUAAUUUGUCGCCAUCUAUGGGUAUUGAUAGCCCAUUGGACUCAAAAGUUAAAACAUGUCUUAUUACUGACCUCCUAACAUGUGUUGGCAUUCCAGCUUAUUCCACUGAUAUGCGUGCUCAAUACGAUAAUAAAUGGACACGAUUUCGUAACGUUAACUCUGCCAGAAAAACGGCAUUUGUGGAUUCUAAUUUGAGCAUUGGCGGUAACUGCAUGCGACGUUUGACUGCAAGUAGUACCCCAAUAUAUCAACCGCUUACAAUGGAAGAACAACGAAUUGUGAGAAAUGCUCGUCUGCAAAAUUCCAGACGUGGUGGAUUUGUUCGAAUUUUUCCUACUAAUGAUAGUAUACAACGUUAUGGGAACUUUCUUGAUAUUUCCACUGGUAUACCAAUAUCUACCCCUGUUGUACAAGGACAAUUAUCAUACUCAAUGAUAUUGCCACAUAACUAUAAUCAUGUGUUAUUUAAUCAUUUAUAUGGGAUAGAGAAUGGCAAAAACGAAGGUAAUUCAUUUAUGGAAAGAAUGUGUCAGUAUGAGCGCGCUUUACCCGUUGGGUCAUUUAUUUUAUUCAGUGAGACAAAUCUUAAAUCAAAGUGCGUAGAGGAAAGUAAACGUUUGCGUAAACAGGUCAUAAAAUUAAUUAACAGUGGUUCGGAAUUAACCCAACUUCAAGCCAGACAAUCUUUUUCUUUAUACUUAGAAGCAAUCUUACAAAGACUUUCUCAAGAGCCAAGAGAUUUUCAUGAAAAGAUAAUUUUAAAGUUUUUGAAUAGAGUAGGUGGUUCUGUGAAAACGCCGCUAUUCUUUCGCAACACUCCAAAUCUUCGAGUCAACAGCAAAGCCCGAUCAGCUAUGGUAGCGAAACUUUUAGGAGAUUUUCUCGAACAGUACAAUCGCGAUACUGAAGCUUAUGUGGAUGCUUUCGAUCAUUUUGGUAUGAUACCAAGUACCUUAUUUGGACAUUUCUUAUCCCAAGCUCAAGAGGCAGAUUUAGAAGCUAUCUUGGCUCUCCACACAAAUGUUACUGGAAAUAUGUCGUAUUUAUAUAACAGGUUUGGUUUAUCCCUUCCUAAAACACCUCCUAUUCCAUCUGGAUUACAUGGAUUCUUAAAAGCUCUGCCUGCUAUGGUGCUAACUGGCUCUGUUGCAAGAGACUUUAAUAAGUGCAAUGGAUAUUACAAAACCAACGAAAAAAAUUUGACUGGCUUUAAAAGUGAAAAGUUACCAGAAGUUGCGAUUAGUAAAAAGUGUCCUGGUAGAUAAAUAACGUGCUCUAUAAUAAAUAAGAAAAGAGUGCGGCAUAGAUUUUUUUCCAUGCUUACUGGAUGCCUGCACAUUUUUAGUGUAUUACAUAAAUUUGUAUUUCGACUAUGAACGGUGAAUUACUCAUAUUAUAAGUUUAGGUUUAAAAAACUUUUCGUGUUUUUUUUAUUAAAGCUAAUCAUAUACAAGUACACUUACAUAGUUUAAUAAAUUGUCUGUACCUUCUUGUAAUAAUAAUAUAUACAACGCAAUAUUAAAAUAUAGAAAUCUUUUCAUGUAUGUAAUGCCGGA